CCAUAUCUCAAAUCUUAACUGUUUAAUUGCUCAUCCAGCUCUAAUCUGCUCAAUGUGACUAUAAGACCACCCUUUGCAACACAGCACUUGAUAACCCAACGCAAAGGACAAAAGACCAAAUGAUCUCAGCUGCUCUAAAGUUUUUGGAGACUGACACAAUCUGUUACAGAGUAGAAGAACCUCCAGGUCUUGUAGAACUUCAGAGAAAUGAAUGGGACCCUGUAAUGAACUGGAUAGAACAAAGGUACAAUGUAGUAAUUGGCUCGUCCACCAGUAUAAUGGGCCCUCAAAUCCCAGAGGAGACUAAGGAGACAUUUCGUCAACACCUUAAUUCCUACAAUUUUUGGUCUCUGACAGGGCUUGAGUAUGUGAUCACUCAGCUGAAAUCAUUGGUCUUGUCCUUUGGGCUGAUUGACAGACACCUAAGCGUGGAACAAGCGGUUCUUCUGUCCAGACUUGAGGAAGAAUACCAGAUCCAGCAAUGGGGAAAUGUGGAAUGGGUCCAUGAUUAUGACAUGUAUGAGCUGCGAGCAAGAACAGCUGCUGGUGCAAUGUUUGUGCAUCUGUCUUCUGAACGCACAGCUGUCAAGAGAAAAAUUUUACAGGACUGAUAAGGCCAAAAAGGCACUGUUUGAGACUGAAAAAAUUGGAUUUUUGUUAUCUCUGUCCUGUUUUCCUUUUACAGUAAGCUGCAGUGACACCAGUUACCUAACCAGUAAAAUGCCGUUGCUGUCUAGUUAUGUUUUGAGCAAUAAUAUAGAUGUCUAAGGUCAUGAUAUGUAUUAUUAGUUUCAACAGCUGCCAAAUGGAAAGACUGUACAUACAAAAUCCCAGUAUUUUAAUGUCAAAGAUGUGAAACUGUUUAGCUAAUAUAUGUUGGAAACCAAAAUUACAUUUUGAUAUGUAAUCAUGUGCACAUGUCUGACUGAGGCAUCUCAUUUAUUUUUACUAACCCAGUCUCAUGUUUUUCCAAGCAGUUCCCUUAAGGUCAAAGUCACACAUUAAAAAACAUAUAUGUUUUUAAGUGCAUAGUACGAAAGGGAACUCUGCUACAUAACCAUUAGUAAUAUAUAACAAACCCGCGGUAUAAAGCAAAGUCAGUGGAAUCACUGCUGUCCCUUUAAUUAGCUGGCAUGUCAUUUCAAUUACUG